CCAGUUGAGAAGCACGACUGGCUGGCCCGCUCAGCCCUGCUUUCCCUCGGUCACCGUUGUGCUUCCAGCUCGUUGCGGUUCCAUUCAUGUUGUCUACUGGAGCCACAAAGGGACCCUACUGCAAGAAGAGAUCAUGGCCAACAUCACGCUGGAUCAUGUUGCCAAAUUCCUCAAGGAAGAUGCCCACCUAUUCACUUGUCUCACGUUCUUUGCUGCGGACGGCGAUGAUGCUCUGGGUGUUCGAGUCAUCAGUGACCCAGGCCGCUGUCUCAAGAGUGACAUCGACUUGCUCACUCUCAUGAUCCAAAGCGGUCGGGUGGAUUACAUCGCGGAGGUCCGAUUGAAGUAUACGGAUGAAUCAUCUUACAGCCAAAAAUCACUCGUACAGCUCGCUCGAGCUCUGGGCAAGAUGCCUGCAAUAACUGGCCUACAUGUUGAAACUGUCGCUUCCAACAAGUCCAGCAAAAUGAAACCAUCCUUUCCAGUAGAGGCACUAACUGCCUUUUUCAAAAAGAACAGACAGCUUGAGUACUUUACCAUGGCUGGAAUAGUGCAAGGGGACCACGAUGGCUUUGAGCAGUGGGCAACAGCCUUAUCUCGGACACGGAACUCUCUGGAAUCGUUUGACUGCUGGAAAGAUGGCGGUUCUUGGAGUCCUUCCUCGAAUCGCGUCCAUUCCAUGCAAAUAAGCAAAUGGGAUCCCGUCAUUCGUACAGUGGUAUUGCAAAACAGUGACACCUUGCAAGAACUAUUCAUUUCCACCGGAGAAAAAUCAUCCAAGGGGCUCACCGAGGAAACCUCAGCAGUCCUGGCGCGUUCCAUGCGAGAACCCAUGCAAUUGAUCGAGUUCCGGCCCACGUUCUCCAACAUGAAUGAUCUGGUGCUAUAUUGCAGCAAUCAGACAACGGGGAUACCCCACUUUCGUUUUAACUUUUUCGAGUCGCUGGUGGCUGCAACCAAAACAGGAGUACCGUUUUUGCAUGGCAUUCUCAAAGACCGAACCAAUGUCACGUACAAAGCAUUCAGUCUCAGCUUUCAGUGCAGGAGCGACACUUUGUCUCGCAAUGUAGACCAUGCGUGUCACGAUAUCGACGUGAGUUUGACGAACGGCUUUGAGGGUGUGGACAAUAUCCCGGCAGCCCUUCGGAUGGAGCUCUUGGACCGCCACGAUGGGAAAGUUUCGGAAGGACGCCUCGAGUUCCCAGAAACAUCCCUCUUGGAUCGGUCGUUUCAGCCAUUGUGGACAUUUGAUCCGAUGACCGCCACACCAGAGCAAUGGUGUCGCAUAAUGGCAGCAUUGGGGUGCCUGUGCCAGGAUGAACGUCUUCUGGACGAGGAAGUGGAUUUGAAUCCUUUGUACUACCUUGUGUCCGAGUACCACGACAAACUGCCCGGUAUAGGAACGCAAAAACCGGCCCCACAAAGCAACGGCAGGGCAACGACAGAUGCAGGAGAGAAGGAAGCCGCGGAAAAGUUGACGGCUGCUUAUCACACUCUGAAAGCUGAGAAUGCCUUCCUGCAAGCCGAGAAUGCUUCCCUUACUGCUCAUAGUGCCGAACUUGCGGAGGGUGCUGCUACACUUCUACAAAAGGUGGCGUCAUUAGAAGAUGAAGUGCUGUCGCUGAGACUGCUGCUCGAGGCCAAACAAAUGAAUGACGGAUGAACAUAGUAAAAGAUAUAAGGAAUGAUCUUCAAAACGAUUGGCAAAACUUGAAUGUAAUAUCUACUCUACUCCAGCCGGGUGUUGCUUGUACAUGAGAAAAGUGGCAGUAUGGAUUGGUACACGUAGCAUGGUUGCCGGACAGUUUCGAGUGUAGUUGUUGGACAGGCCAAGCCAAGAAUCAUUGUUUCGUUGGUUUGUGUUCGCAUCCCUGGACAAAAAAACUGGCAAGUACAUGUGUUUCCGCUUGGAGGCCCCCCAAAGAGUGAAAAUGGACCCUGGUGCAAAUACGAGAGCUCGUUUCUGCACAGACCCUGGUGAGGUGGUGACACCGCAUAUCUAUGGAGCUGUCGUCGCGUUACCGCUGAUUGCUGGGUCUGUAGCAUUGUUGGCCAACAUUGCACUUCCUUCCGAUGAAAACUCAUAACAGAGGGGAUUGGGCGUGCCACCACUGCUGUCCCCAGUCGUAUUGUUACGCCAUUCAGUCAUCAUGCUCACUCCUCCUACUGUCAUGAUUAGGUCCGAUGUCGGAAUGGAAACUGCAGAGAGACAAGUGAAUCGAUCUCCCAAACUAUCCGAAUUGCCAUCCAAGAGUAGAUAUUGAUCUUCUGGUCCACACUCAUAGUAGAAAUCAUCGAAUUGGUAGUCACCAUCCUGUGAAUUGUCGUCUGAGCGACAAUAGAGUCCAAUUUGCAAGGCAUGCCCCACAACCAGAUCAUCAUAAACAUCAUCUAAACAGGUAAUAGUGUUGUUGGGAUAUGUCACGAUUGUUGUCGGGUACUCAGAGUUUGUAGUGCAUUCCUGGACAAGAUACACGAGCAGAUCAAAGGCACAGAAGAAGGCACAGAAGAGCAGUCGCGGUACAAAACAUGUGAGCAAAUAUGUGAUGAC